AUGGCUGCGCUUGUUGCUCACUCGGAGCAACCCAAGACAAAGAAACCGCGGGUUCACACGCCCCAAUGGGUCUCUCUCGUGGCCGGAGGAAUCGCAGGCGGAGUGGAAGCAGCCAUCACGUAUCCAUUCGAGUACUCCAAGACUCGCGUUCAGUUGUUAGACAACAGCGCUGUUCGGACGUCUAAUCCACUACGCCUCAUCUUCCAGGUUGCAAAGCAGGAAGGUGUUGGUGCGUUGUACACGGGCUGUUCAACUCUUGUUAUCGGAACCACGGCGAAAGCUGCUGUCCGGUUUGUGUCGUACGAUACAAUCCGUAAUUCCCUCACUGAUGACCAUGGUGUCCUCUCACCCGGCCGGGGUAUGUUGGCUGGAAUGUUUGCAGGGGCAGUAGAAAGUGUACUGGCAGUGACACCUACGGAGAGAAUCAAGACCGCACUAAUUGACGAUGCGAAAGGGGCUCGACAAUUUAAAUCUAGUCUGCAUGCGACCAAACUAUUGGUCCAAAGACAUGGUAUCACGGAGCUUUAUCGAGGUCUUUUGUCCACAGCGAUGAAGCAAUCUGCCACAUCUGCAGUUCGUAUGGGGACGUACAAUGUCCUCAAGGAGACUGCUAAAGCAAAGAACGUUAAGACGAAUGUGUUCACGACUUUUGGCAUCGGUGCCGUGGCAGGUGUGGUUACUGUCUACGCCACGCAACCGUUUGAUACGAUCAAGACACGAGCUCAGGGUGUCCAGGGAGUUGGGGUCGUUGAGGCCUCCCGGAGUGUGAUUCGCGAUUAUGGGGUCCGUGGUUUCUGGAAGGGCAGUUCUAUGCGACUUGGUCGGCUCCUUUUAAGCGGUGGCAUCGUGUUCUCUGUCUAUGAAGAAGUAUCGGCCAUAUUGUCUCCCGGUGCACAUAGAUGA